AUGACUAAGGAAGAAAUCAAAGACAGAAAGAGAAAGGUUGAAGCUGAAGAGCUAGUCGAGAAGAAAAAGCACAAGAAGGAUAAGAAGGAUAAGAAAGACAAGAAGGACAAGAAACACAAGAAGCAUAAGGAACACAAAUCUUCUAAGAAGGAAAAAACUGUAUCCGAAGAAAUAGAAUCUCACUCAGAUGAAGACGUUAAAAUCAGUCAAUCUUUAGGUGAUUACGUUCAAAAUGAAGAAUUAACUAAUCUUCCUCAAUCUGAAAUUGAUGAAUUUUACAAGGAAAAUGAAGUCUCUGUUGAUGACCCAUCAAAGUUAAAUCUACGUCCCUUACUAUCAUUUAAACAUGUGUCAUUCAAUUCCAAGAUCCAAUCUGAAAUUGCUAAAUUCCCAAAACCAACACCAAUUCAAGCUGUCUCAUGGCCAUAUCUAUUAUCUGGUAAGGAUGUUAUUGGUGUUGCUGAAACCGGUUCAGGUAAAACUUUUGCCUUUGGUGUCCCAGCCAUUAACUAUUUGGUUCUUAAUAAUGGUAAGAGCAAAGGUGUUCAAGUUCUUGUGAUUUCACCAACUAGGGAGUUAGCAUCUCAAAUUUAUGAUAAUUUGAUCGUUUUGACUGAUAAAGUUGGAUUGGAAUGUUGUUGUGUUUACGGUGGUGUUCCAAAGGAUGCUCAAAGAGCUCAACUUAGAAGAUCUCAAGUUGUAGUCGCUACACCAGGAAGAUUAUUGGAUUUGAUCCAAGAAGGUUCCGUGGAUUUAUCUGCAGUCAAAUAUUUAGUUCUUGAUGAGGCUGAUAGAAUGUUAGAAAAGGGGUUUGAAGAAGAUAUUAAAAACAUUAUUAGAGAGACGGCAACUAAAGAUAGACAAACACUAAUGUUUACUGCUACCUGGCCAAAAGAAGUUCGUGAAUUAGCCUCUUCAUUCAUGAACAAACCUGUGAAGGUAUCUAUCGGUAAUAGAGAUGAAUUAUCCGCCAAUAAAAGAAUUACUCAAAUUGUCGAAGUCAUCGAACCUCAAAGAAAGGAUAGAAAAUUAUUAGAACUAUUAAAGAAGUAUCAUUCUAAAAAAGAAAAAGUGCUAAUCUUUGCCCUAUAUAAGAAAGAGGCUGCCCGUGUGGAAAGAACUUUGAGAUAUAAUGGCUAUGAUGUUGCUGCUAUUCAUGGUGAUUUAUCACAAGAACAAAGAACCAAGGCUUUAGGGGAAUUCAAGUCUGGUAAAUCAAAUCUUUUAUUAGCUACUGAUGUUGCUGCUAGAGGGUUAGAUAUUCCAAAUGUUAAGACAGUCAUUAAUCUAACGUUCCCAUUGACUGUUGAAGAUUAUGUUCAUAGAAUUGGUAGAACCGGUAGAGCCGGUCAAACUGGUACUGCUCAUACUCUUUUCACUGAACAAGAAAAGCAUCUAGCUGGUGGUUUGGUUAACGUCUUGAACGGUGCUAACCAACCUGUUCCAGAAGAUCUAAUUAAAUUUGGUACUCAUACUAAGAAGAAGGAACAUGGUGCUUACGGUGCAUUUUACAAAGAUGUUGAUAUGAGCAAAAAGCCAAAGAAGGUUGUAUUUGAUUAA